AAUUCUUCUUUAGUAAGGGCGGAGGAAGGUGAAAAUUAAUUAGAAAGAGGAGUUUCACUUCUAGGCAAACGUCAGAGAUUUUGGGUUUCUCCACCUCAUCCCCUAUUCUCUCAUUCUCAGUAUGAAGACAUCUCAGAUUCUGAUUAUCAAAUUAGAAACACCGGACUUCUACAAGAUGUGGUAAAUCAAAUCUUAUCUUCUCCAUCUCCAAAUGAUGAAGAUUUUAUACCAAUUGAAAACGGAUCCAUGGAGUUCGAUGACUCAAUUGAGCAGUACUUCACACCGGAUGAUGCAAUUUCUGAUGAUAACUCAUUACCUAAACCGGCAUUGUGCAUCACCUUCUACGAUUCUUUUUAGGAUACUAAUCAUAAUGAGGAUAGAAUUCAAUAUCCCUUUUCCCCUAAUAUAGUACCAGCUUUCUCUAUGUCUUUCUCUGAUCAAUCUGAUUUUACUUCUUCACCUCAUAGCUCGUUGGGUUCAAAUGAUUUCAAUCGUUCUAUUUUUCAAAAUGCUGUAGAAAAUGAGCUUCUUGAUGAAAAUGUUUUAAACCAAUAUGGGUACUUUACUCUGUCUCUCAAUACCUUGGAUGAGGAUACACUUCCCAUAAAUGAAAAGAUUGAGCUUCUCAAAGACCAGGCUGCAGAAAAAGGGAAACAGGUCAUUCAGUCACCUUUCAAGCAGCAAAAUUUGGAUGGUGCAGAACCUUCUCAGCCGAAGAAGCAGAAGUUGUAGCUCUGCUUAGAGCAACACAAUGGGCCAACAGAAAUAACAUACAAAAUCUGGCGAUAAAGGAGGACAAUCAGGCAAAAUAUGGUAUUUACAAGGAAAGGCAACAACGGUUCAGCAUCACAAUCUUAGAUGAAGUCAAAUUGUUAGCAGAUCAAUUGGUAUCAUUUCAAGGAUUUCAGCAUGUAGAUUGAAGAGCAAACAAGGUGGUAGACUUGUUGGCAAAAGAAGGGCGAAGAUCGAGUAUAACAACUUCUUGAAAUGAUCAAGCUCCUAGUUUUUUAAUUCCUGCAAUGUCAAAGCGGAUGGUAUAUGUAAUUUCAAUAACAAUGCUUCAUUAUCUCGUUCUGUUGAAGUUAAUCCAACAAAUUCAAUCAUUGGAAGAGCAACUUAUGAUGUGU